AUGGAGGGAAGGGAGGGCAUUGCAGUGGCAGGUGGCCAUGAAUCCGGCCACGGUCUGUUUAGAGCAGACAUCUCCAUGACAGAGGCGCAUGAAGCAGCGAAGGGGUACCACUUCUCUCCCUCCUCGCCGUCGACGUCCCCCACUCCGUCCCCGCCACCAGCUGCUGCGGCUGGCCACGGUGGGGAUGCCACUCCAACUCCGCUAGCCUGGAGUCUGGGUGGGGACAAGCCGAGCGAGGCCGCCGGGAACAACGGCGUGCAGACGGCCGCGCAGACUGAGCACGCCAACCUGAGCUCCGGACGCCGCCGGGGCCGGCCGCGCGGUUCCGGGAGGCGCCAGAUCCUCGCCACCCUAGGGGAAUGGUACGCCCUGUCAGCCGGAGGGAGCUUCACACCUCAUGUGAUCAUCGUGGGUACUGGGGAGGAUGUGGCGGCGCGCAUAAUGUCGUUUUCUCAGAAGGGUCCACGCUCGGUCUGCAUCCUCUCUGCAAAUGGGACUAUCUCUAAUGUAACACUGAGGCAGCCGGAUCCAUCUGGUAGCACCUUCACCUAUGAGGGCCGUUUCGAGAUUCUGCAAUUGAUGGGCUCCUUCACAAUGGCUGAGGAAGGUCGUCGGAGAACCGGGGGGCUCAGUGUCUCUCUUGCUGGCCCUGAUGGCCGUGUAGUUGGCGGUGUAGUGGCUGGGAUGCUGCGUGCUGCUAGUCCUAUACAGGUGAUCGUGGGGAGCUUCCUGCCCAACAGUCUGAAGCAGCAUCAGAGGAGGAUGAGCUUGCAGCAGCAGCAGCCACCUGCUGUCCCGGCACUACCAGCACCACCAGCACCUGUGGCUCCCCCUCCUGUGCUCACUGCCGCUAUGCCAAUCUCCCAGGCAGGUCCCGGCAACGGCUUCCACGCACCGCCACCCUCCGCCGCCCCGCCUCCACAACCCCAUGGCAGCACAGAGCACGGCACCAUGAACCUGAACACGACGACGGGGGGCUUCACCAUGGUUGGCUGGCCUGCGAGCUCCCCGCCCAUGCUGCACAGGGCCUCUCCUGACAUCAACGUCAGCUUGACUCCCCAGGAGUAG